ACAAGCUUUUAAUUUAAAACGUUUAUUUAUGCCAACUUUUCCUUUUCAAGAUUUCGUUGUUUGGAAAAAUAUGUGUGUUAUACCUCUGUCACUAUGAGCAUAUUAAAAGAAUAUGCGCUUAAAUUAGUUUUUAUACGUUUGAAAUGUACCUAAAUAUAUCUAUAUUAUUAACAAUAAUGAUAUUGAAUCAUAGCAACUGUACAAAAUGGCCAGAUCCUUCCACAGAUCAAAUAGCAUUUGUAAAUAACCCGAUAGAAUCUGAGGUUCCUGGACAUUUCUUACCUGUUAGUAUUUUAAAAAAGAUUUUGGAAAUGCGAGUGCUUACACUAGACGCUGAGAGGAAUACAAUCAGAACAUGGCCGCAAAUUGAACCCAAAGAUGACAAUGAAAAAGAAAAAAAAAUAUCAAUAAUUACCUUGAAACAUAAACGUGCAAUGACUAAAUCUAAAAUUACUACAACGAAAGAAACCAUGAUCCCUAAGAUGCUACCAACUGAUGCAGCAGAAGUUGCAUUUCAAACUGAAGAGAAUACCAUGUUAACCACACCAUUUACAUCGAUAAUUCAAACAACAACAAAAUCUACAUCUAGAAUAACAGCCUCUUCAAAAUUAGCUUCUACACUUGCUACAAUAACGUCUGCUAUGAGAGUAACUACUACGACCCCUGCACCCACGACGGUUGCUUCCACAACCGCUGCUCUAACGACAAUUCCUGCUACAAGCGCUGCACCCUUGACAAUUAUUACCACAACCGCAGCUCCUACAACAAUUCCAGCUACAACCACAGUAUCAACGACAGUUGCUACCACAACUGCUGCUCCUACAACAAUUCCAGCUACAAUCGCAUCAUCAACGACAGUUGCUACCACAACCACUGCUUCUACAACUAUAGCCACUACAACAGCACCUACUACAACUGUCGCUCCUACCACAACGCCAAAAGUAACAGAAACUGAUUCGGAUACUGGGAAUCCAUUUUAUUGAGCUCAAUUUAUUAUAUUAUUCAUGUAGUUUAUUGUUUAUAUUAUUAUGUUAGUUUAUUCUGAACUCUUGAUAUAACAAUGAGUUAUUCAAUUACCUAUUUUCUAUAACAUAAAAAUAUGGAAUCUCAUGUAGGUACCUACUGCUUGGUGUAUUACUUACGUACUAUGUUUAGAUUUAACCACAGAAGGAUACUUACGUAUUAAGAUUAUCUUAUAAUAACAAUAAUUCAUCAAAUAGCACUGUCACGUUUCGGCAACGAGUUCAUUAAUACUUAGGUAAGUUUCAAUAAAUGAGUAAAC